UGUCCUCCGGAGGAGCUCCGUGCUUUUUCAUUCCGUGCUCCGCAGCCACCACGUGCGGACAGAUUUUUUUUGCGCGCGGUUCCAGACGUUCCUCCGGUCAUGCUGUCAUCUCGUAAUACGAGACCUGAUCUGUGAUUAUUCCCGUAACUAAUCUCGUUUCGUGUCCUCGUUAUUUUAGUCUGUGGGUGAUUUUUUUUUUUUUACGUUUCUAAUAAGUGUGAAGCUGCGUGUUGUGGUUUUUAAACAAGACAGCUGAUUCCUGAAUGAAGAAUCAAGAACAAUCUUGUGGGUUUCGAGGAUUCUGCUGUGGAGUUCUCGGGUGACGUUUUUCCAAGUGAUUUUUGGUUGCGUGGAUUGGUGAUCGCAUUUUACGUGAAGAACAUGGCGAACGUGAUUGGCUGUUUGUCGCGUGUGGCGACAAGUUUACUGCUGCUUAUGCUAGUCCAACGAGGCACGAGCGUUUGCUACUUCCCCGUAGAAAUGCACGGCACCUUCUUGAUUCAGACCCAGGCUGAACCCGCGUUUGGAGGCUCUGUAGUGUCCUACUCUGAGAUCAGCAUCGAGGCUGAUUCCAUCCCCCCUUGGGGGCGCUGCCAUCGACGGAGAGGUCACCACGUGAUCCUCAAAGACAGCACAGGCACGGAAGACUGCAUGAGGUGCUUCCACUUGACGUUAAAGACACCCAACGUCAUUCAGAUUCACGCCGAAGGCUUAGCGCGGUGCUACACAAACGAAGACGCAGCCAAAGCUACAUGCCCUGACGACAGAGCGGUGUCCGAGCGUCGCUUCAAGGAAAUUAUUCUGUACCGAAAGCACGAUCCCACUGGCAGUGGGUCCAGCAUCAUCAGCGUGUUCUGCCCCAUCAACGGACGGUACCGGUUCCAGUACCGCGCCAACGGUGAUGAGUUCCGGUGCACCGAUCCCUUCUCGGAGCUCAGCAACUGUCCCGACGGCAACGGCCUCACCGUACGGUUCAGACAGUGCUCUUUUCCAGACUUUGAUGUGAGCUUUCUGUGUCUGGGCGACUGGGAAGGCCCCAACCGGGAUCGGUACCUGGCUCUCAUGGAUCUCAGGGAAGACCCGGAGUCAAGGCCCAAGUACCGAUGCGGGUUGUACCGCGAAGAACCUGGGACGGGACGAGUUCACGUCUCUUUAUCGUCGGAUUCGACAUGCACGACGCAGCUUACUUCUGCUAUGAGCGGUUACGAAGCGCUGGUGCUGACACCUGUGGAAGAAAAGAGGCUGCCAACAGUAGUGGAUGCAGCCCGUUGCAGAUUCCCGGAAUGGAGUCAGGGACCCUGGGAACGAGUUCGCAUCGAAGGUGGGACCUUCGUGUUCCGCGAUACGACGCGCUUCGUGACGCUGACUGCGCGCUGCGUGGCACGCCAGAACAGCACGCCCAAUGACCGUCUCACGGUACACGCCGUGACGCAAUGUGGAGAAGAGCUGUACUACUGCAUGUGGCUUCGAAGGAGGGCAUUCAACGUUCUUGAGUUCCAACUUGGCUCCAACCCCAGCAGCCAGUUCACAGAGUCAUUAUGCGAAGACCAGACUCAGUUCAAGGAUUCCCCGUGGAUUACACAAGGAAAGCUUCACUCUACGACCCUCUCUGCCUGUCCCAUCACGGGUGACUACAGCGGAGUGAUUCCUGGAGCGGCAGGGCUGUGCGCUCGAGUGGCAUCCGAUUGCAACAACCCAGACAUCAUGUUCUACACAGUCAGCAGUUGCGACAACAAAACGCAUGUCUACGAAGAACGGGAAUACCGUUGCCUCGGAAGCUGGGAAGAAGAUGGCAUGACCUUCACUUACACACAACGCCGAGACAUCCCGGGCUUCCAGUGCUUUACCGGCAAAAUUAUUCGCAAUGGCGAUGAAGCCUACAUCAAGGAAGCGGGCGAAAGCUGUAUUCGUGGUGAAAACCCUCUCCUCUAUGGAAUGAAGAUAAGCAAGCGAGCUUCCUGCAACACGCCUCUGCUGUCCCCAGCUUACGUCCCUCCUCCACCCCCUCGCAAAGCCCCCUCUCAUCCUGCCAGCCCCAUGGUGCCUCCUCUACGUCCAAACACCCACGAUCCUUACUGGUAUCACGCAGAGACCCAGAAUCCCAGCACCAAAUCCUGGAAACCUAUCACAGGUCGACCACGGCUGAACGAAAUUCCGGGCAGCAGCGACACUUCGGCAGCGAGUGCCAUCACUGGCACCCUCACGACGGUGCUACUACUAGUGCUGUGGCUCACACUUCGUGCAAGAUGAGCUGCACAAAACAAAAACAGCUUAUGUAGUCAAACAAGUGUGCAGGCUCACACUUCCUAGGAUGUGCAAUGCUCUGCAUCAACCCUGUGAUACGCCUAACCAAACAACCACUCUGGAACUGUUUCCAGGAUCGGGUACGUGCAGGCCGUGUACCUCAGAGCGAUUAAAGUGGGAUUCCAAAGCGUGAAGGAGGACUACGUCAGUGCACGUGAUAUGUGCUGAGAACUAAAAAGUGAUAAGAGGACAGUGAAGUGACACCACCACCAUUGGUGCGCCUAUCGUGCUGCCUUGCCUCACUUCGCACCACCCUCGCAUAAGCAGUGCAAUACUGGUUGCAGUCUGCAGAAGUGCGGUCGUACAUAAGAACGUACAGAAGAACUUUACUGUGUUUGUCUUCCAAUGAUAUGAUGGUUUCAUAUCUUAAAGCAUGUUUGUAAAUAACUCAAAAUGGCCAAUCUGUACUUAGACUAGGGCCAUCGAUGCUAUUUAUUUUAUUUAUGUCGUCAGUGGUACGCGAACGUAGCUAGUUAAGUAGUUCCUGUAAGUUAGUUGAAAGCCUGCCAAUUUCACAUAGAAAACUGCAGCCAGUUGCCAUGGUGUAUGGAGCUAAAAUGUUUGCCGACGAGGAACCAUGUCGACCAGCGUCGUGGCACUUUGACACCUGGCAAUAUUAGUCAGCAUUUUUGACAGAAUGUAAAAAUGAACAAGUUGGAGAAGUGUGCAAAAAUGUGUAUAUGUGAUGUAAAGCUGUGUAAAUAUGUUACUUUUUUAUGCUGCCACCAUAAGUGCCUUCACUGGUGAUUCCAGUGGUGGACCACUGAAUUACUUCUUCAAAAUACAUAUUGUACAUAAUUUUAUAAAAGAUGAUCACUGGCAUGAAAGUGUGUUGCUUACUUCAUGUUACAUUAUUUAUAACAUCAUUAAAAUCCUAAAAAGCAAGGAA